UUUGAAUCAAACCGAAAUACGCAGCCUUGGCGCUGGUGUAGUAUUAUAAAUAAAGCCGACGUUAGCAGCUCACCUACUGCAGUUAUUUUUGACUACCUGUUUCUUUUCGUCUUAGGAAAAAAACUUAAAAUGAUAUGGUGUGAAGUGAGCUGACCUUGGCAGCUGAGUGGCUGUACAUUCUUUAGGUUUCCCUCUGUUGCAGCAGCUAUGGCAGAAGCUAGAGGACUGAGUGGGAAUGGGGUGGCCCUGCGGGGGCCGUACAUAAGCAUGAUAACGAACCACACGACAAACCUCCUCAUCCGGGGGGGCAUGCUCUUCGUGGUGGGUGUGUUCCUGGCACUGGUACUGAACCUGUUGCAGGUGCAGCGCAAUGUCACCCUCUUCCCUCCUGAUGUCAUCAGUAGCGUCUUCUCCUCAGCGUGGUGGGUCCCACCUUGCUGUGGUACUGCAUCAGCUCUGAUAGGCCUGCUGUAUCCAUGUAUAGACAGGCAUCUGGGAGAGCCCCAUAAGCUUAAGCGUGAAUGGUCCAGUGUGAUGCGCUGUGUAGCUGUGUUUGUAGGCAUCAACCAUGCCAGCGCUAAAGUGGACUUUGCAAAUAAUGUGCAGCUGUCUCUCACCCUGGCUGCACUGUCAGUAGGUUUGUGGUGGACGUUCGAUCGGUCACGUAGUGGCUUUGGCAUGGGGGUCGCCGUUGCGCUGCUCGCGACCCUCGCCACUCAGCUGCUGGUGUACAACGGAGUGUUUCAGUAUACCUCUCCUGACUUUCUAUACAUCCGUUCUUGGCUACCCUGCAUCUUCUUUGCUGGCGUGAUAACCAUGGGCAACAUAGGACGACAGCUUGCUCUUUAUGAAUGCAAGUUUGUUCAAGAGAAGAUUCAUCAGGAUUAAGAGACCCAUACUGCAUCAGCAAGGGGACAACAUGUGUGCAAAAGGAAUAUGACCCCUACGAAUCGUUUCAGCAGAUGGAGCAGCAGGAGGAGGAGCUGCGUAUUUGGGGUGGGACCGUCUGGGGAUUGGUACUUGAUCUGUGGCUGCCCCUCCGGGCCUGAAGGAAGCUGAACCUGGGAAGGACUUAAACCUUUGUGGUCUCCAGCUUCAGCCUUUUAGCAGGUCCACAUAUCCCCUUAAAAGCACUGCUGAAACUGCUGGCCACCACGUGCCAAACUGACUCCUACUUAUCCAGCUGUACUUACCAAAUCAUUCACCUUUCACCUGGUCACAAUUGAACACUUUAUUCUGCGUUGGUGAUUCAAAGAAAAACAAAAAAUCACCAGAAUGUGCUGUUGGUGUUUGUCCUUUUUUGCCCAGAUGUGAGCGGAAGUUGCAGGUAACUUUCAAAUUUUCAAAUUUAAACCACAGAAGUAUGGUUUCACCCUAAGAUUUCGGUCCUUCACUCCACAGACAAGCAGUACAAUUGCAAUACAAUUAGCAGGGUUUAUUGUUUUGUGUUUGUGUGUUCCCACACUCAUAACUCACACAUGCCGUAACAUGCCAUAUGUGAGCAGGAGUAUAAUCAGUGUUAGAACAGGUAUUUAUUAACCCCUAAGAGUGUAUUAACCUAUACAUGACGAAUAGCUUAACCACUAUGCUUUAUGUUAGCAGUCGGCCUCUACUUUAACAGUCAGGGCCUGCACUGUGUCCUGAUUAAACUGCCACACAUGCAGUGACAUGUGUCCUGUAGUAUGCCCCGUUUCUCACAUAUGAUCACACACAACCAUGAAGGGUGUGAUUGUGUGGAUAAAACAUAAAUUAAAUGGAAGUAUCCAUUUCUGAGAUUCCACUUUUGGCCCAGCCUUAAAAUUAUACAUGUGUUUCUGAUAGCUGUUUGAGUGAAUUCAAUACUUAAAGGCACCCUCUAAUGAAAACCCUUUAUAUACAGAGGGCUAACAAGGAAUGAGUAUGAGGGUAUUUUGCAUUUCUAGGAAUUUGCUGUUAUGAAAUAGAAGGGAAAUAAUUUCUUUUGUGAUCUUACCUCUUUUUCUUUAAACAUUGGAUAAAAUGAAAGGGCAAAGUUGUGUGCAUAGUAAAGAAAUUUUGCUGUUUUCCAAGUGUUGUAUUCAAAAUGUAUUAAUGUAUGUUAUGGUUGUUACAGAUUUAAGAUUAAUGAUUUUCCAUGUACAUGUCUGCCAUGGCUCAAAAUGAACAUCUCUAUACUUUUGUUUCUAAUGCUAUUUUAACAUAGUUGUUUAAGGACUUGGUUCUCAGACAUUACAUACUAUUGUGCUAAAGUUGAUUGUUGAUGAGGAAACGUGGCUUGAAUAGACACAAUCUGACCAGAUUACUAUAACACUUAUGAUCACAGCUGUGAAUCUUAAGGGAAAAAACUCUUAACUCUGAGAUUGUUUUUGUCCAUAUCCUCCUGUUUAAUAUUUAAGGGAAAAAAUAAAGGAGUUAUUUUGGA